UCGUAUAAAUACGAGCUGUCGAUGCUGCGGCGAGAGUUCAGUCGCUGACGAGAGCUGUUUCCGUCAGCCGAAAGCUUCGCCUCUCCUCGUCGCUCCGCUUCUUUUAGAGAAAACCGAGCGUUCGCUUCGUCUUCAGCUGGCCUCCGCCGAUUGGUUCGAGCAGAGGGUUCUCGGAGGAGAACGAGGAGGAGGAGGAGGAGGAGGAGGAGGCGAAUUUGCCGAUCCAAUUGAGGCCUCUUCGCUACUUCGGUCGAGGAUCUGUACAUUCCGGGAUAAGUUUUUGAAUCGGAUUUUAGGCGUAGGUUGUUUAGUCUGUGGAGUUUGGAGUUGGGACGAAGUCAGUAGGGUUUCGGUUUGAAGCUGUCUUGAGUUUCCGGGCCUCUUUCUCUCGUUGCUCGAUGGAGACGGAAUCGUCUCGAUUGGUUUUUGGGGGUUUUUCUUUUGGCUGUUUUAGGGUUUAGGUUUCCUGCUUAGAACGGAGGAGGAUAGUGUUUGUGGAUAUUUUUUGAUCUGCCCUAAUCGAAAUACUGCUCUCUCUCCCUGAUUUUUUUUUUUUUUUUUAAUCCCUGAUCUUCGAACCUCAGAAUUGGAGCUUCAGUAGUUGUGCUCUGCAGUGAAAUUCCUCUCUUUUAGGGUUUUCUUUUAUUGGAUUGAAUCUCGGCCAUGGCCUCCUAUAGGCCCUUUCCCCCACAAUCCUCAUUUGGUCCACCGCCAAGCCAAAAUCCACUUCCGCCGCCGCCGCCUCCUCCUCCAAUUUCCCAGCCGCAGGCAGGUACGCAGUAUUCACAGAAUUGGGGUUACGGUGGUGGCGGAGGUGGUGGUGACGUGCCUAUGCCAUCAGCUGCUACCGCUGCAUUCCCUCAAAACUACAGCCAAAUUCACCCAAAUUCUAAUUAUCCCCACCAACCUUACAAUCCUUCAAGACCUCAACAUCCCCCUCCUCCCCAUUAUGCAUACCAGCCACCUCCACCGCCUCCACCACCAGAUUCUUCAUAUCCUCCGCCCCCGCCGCCGCCGCCUCCACAGAAUUCAGCAAGCUUACAGCCUCCUCCACAACCACAACAGCCUCCUAUGUAUUACCCAUCAUCUUCGCAAUACUCUCAGUACAAUCCCACAUCAAUGCAGUCAUUGCAGCCACCGCCGCCUCCACCUCCCCCGUCAUCUCCUCCUAGUUCUGCAAUUCCACCACCACCCCCAAGUUCGCCUCCUCCUCCUCCUCCUCCUCAGAGUAAAGAAAGUGUAGGCUCUGAUAGGAAGUCCCUUGAGCGCGAUAAAGGUGCUUCAAGAGAACGUGAACCUGGUAAAUAUGAUCGUGGAUUUUCCGUUAAACCACAUAAACUUCCUGCCCCAAUGGUAAAAAAACCGAAUGGGAAUUCCGGGAGGGUGGAGACUGAAGAAGAGAGGAGGUUGAGAAAGAAGAAAGAGUAUGAGAAGCAAAAACAGGAGGAGAAGCACAGGCAUCAGAUGAAGGAGUCACAAAAUUUGAUAUCACAGAAGACCCAUAUGAUGUCUUCAGGGAAGGGACAUGGGUCAAUUGUCGGUUCUAGAAUGGGGGAUAGGAAAGCAACGCCUUUCUUGACGGGUGAGAGGACUGAGAAUAGGUUGAAGAAGCCAACCACUUUUUUGUGCAAGUUGAAAUUUCGAAAUGAGCUGCCAGAUCCAAGUGCUCAACCAAAACUUAUGGCUUUCAAGAAAGACAAGGAUCGCUUUGCUAAAUACACUAUAACAUCUCUGGAGAAAAGUUGGAAACCCGAACUUCAUGUUGAGCCUGAUCUUGGCAUACCUCUCGACCUGUUGGACCUGAAUAUAUACAAUCCUCCAAGUAUUCGCAAACCCCUUGAUCCAGAGGAUGAAGAAUUACUGCGUGAUGAUGAUGUGGUGACACCAAUAAAGAAGGAUGGGAUAAGAAGGAAAGAACGACCUACCGAUAAAGGUGUUUCUUGGCUAGUUAAAACACAGUACAUAUCUCCUCUCAGUUUGGAUUCAGCAAAACAGUCUUUAACUGAGAAACAAGCAAAAGAAUUGCGUGAAAUGAGGGGAGGUCGCAAUAUUUUGGAUAAUCUCAAUGACAGGGAAAGACGAAUCAAGGAAAUUGAGGCAUCGUUUGAGGCAGCCAAGUCAGCCCCUGUUCAUGCAACCAAUAAGAACUUAUAUCCAGUUGAAGUUCUGCCUCUUUUACCUGAUUUCGAUCGGUAUGAUGAUCAAUUUAUUCUCGCGUCAUUUGAUAAUGAUCCCACAGCUGAUUCAGAAGUCUACAGUAAAUUGGAACAAUCGGCCCGUGAUGAGUAUGAAGCAAAGGCUAUUAUGAAAAGUUAUGAGGCCAUAGGCUCUGAUCCAUCAAAACCAGAGAAAUUCUUAGCCUACAUGGUCCCUUCUGCAGAUGAGAUAUCGAAGGAUAUUUAUGAUGUGGAUGAAGAAAUUGGCUACUCUUGGCUUCGGGAAUACCAUUGGGAUUUUGUUCGAGGCGGCAAUGAUACAGAGGAGCCCAGCACAUACCUAGUGUCAUUUGAUGAGGGUGAAGCACGCUAUGUGCCUCUUCCUAGAAAGCUCAAUUUGAGGAAAAAGAGAGCAGAGGGAAGAUCCAGUGAUGAAGUCGAACAUUUUGCAAGACCUGCUGGUGUUACUGUGAGGCGCAGAACAAUACCAGCUACUAUCGAGUUGAAAGAACCAGGGGUCUACUCAAAUUCAAAGAGGAGUGCUUCUACUUCUAACUUAGGGGCUUUAGAAGACGAUGAAGAUGAUCUUGGAUCACCUGAGAGGGUCACACAGGACGAGCAUAUGGAACGAUCUAGUGGAGCCGAAGAUGACAUGUCUGAGUGAGCAGGUUGGCUGGUGGAAGUAACGGUCCAGUGUUUGAAUGUGCAGUUUUAGCACCGUGCUCUAUACAGAGUUUGUACUGAGGUUGCUUCUUUAUUAAGAUAGGUUUUUCCUUCAUUACCAUAACGCUAGAGGGAAGCUGUGCAAAAGGAUGAAGAUACAAUAAUGUUAAUGUUGCAAUUGUAGUUAGCAAAUGCCAAUCUUUAUAAUGGCAAAUGGGUCUCCUUUUCAUCUU